AGCACUGCAGCUGCGCCAAUGCUUCAAAAAAACUUUUCUCAUCUUUGUCAGCGACAUUCUGGACCACACUGCCUGCAGAUCGGUGACUCUCCUGGACAAGGCCAUUGCCUCCCGUUCUUCUACCAGAGAGCUGGAAGGCAUAGACCUUAUUAGUGACUGCGCCGGUCAUUUCAGAAGUUAUGAAACAAUGCACUGGGCGUUGGCGCGGCAGCUAAAAGAACGACAGAUUGAUGUGGCUUGGCACCUUGGGGUGGAAACACAUUUGAAACAUGAUUGCGACAGGCUGUUCGGAUGGUGGCGACAAGGACUGCGGUGUGUUUUGUUAAAUCAAAUGAGCAUCAUAGAGAGGUGGCUGAAUUGCAGCGCGUCAUGCAGCGACACUUUAAUGCCGCUCGGGAGCGUGACAAGACAUCUCCCUGUGUCAAAGUUUUGGUGGACAAUCCAGUGCCAGAGAAAGUUUUCAAACUUGAGUGCCCGCCAGAUUUCAGAAUCAGCAGAACUUAUUGUGUUUCGGCCAGGCCUAACAAAUACAGUGCCUGGGGUGUAUCAAUUUUCAACCACAUCUAUUCCAGUCGCCCCACAUGAACGCGAGUGCAUGUGGUUUCAGUUGCUGAGACUCCGGGGCCAAAAGCUUGGCGCAGAGGUUAUUAUGGCCAAGGUGCCGAGCAAUGGCGUACUGAUCCUGAACCCCUGCAAGUUGGACAGGACAGCCACCUGUCAAAGCGCAUGGAUGCUCAAAGUGUUCAUUUGCCAAAUCACCGGUCUCGAGUUCACGGCAGAUACGAUUUCCAAAAGGCCAUGGCAUCAGUGAAGAGAAGACAGCAAAGGCGCAGACGCCGCAAAGCAGAGAAUGAUGCCAGCUCUACUUCCUCAAGCUCAAGCACGGAUUCCACAGAUUCUUCUACGAGCUGAGUAGAAAGGGCACGGGAAUGGAGAACGAGGUCAGCCCGAACCAAACCCAAAAAAACGAUACAGGAAUGGAGAACGAGGUCACACGCCAAAAACGAUGCGAGGUUGGAGAACGAGGUAAGGUCCAUGUGAUAGUUUAACGGAAAUAAAUUCCAUCGCUCAUGUGACAACAGCAACAGCUUUGCUUCAGCAAGCAGCGAUCCUGCUUGAACAAGAUGACUAUGAUUAUCCAAACGGAAUCGGGGAAACCGCCUUGAUGACUGCAGCUGAGCAUGGCGACUUGGAAGUGGUGCGCUUGUUGCUCGAGGCUGGAGCUGACAAGAAUGCGGCAGGUGAAUUUUUUGGGGGAACCGCCUUGAGGGCUGCAGCUACGCGUGGCCACUUGGAAGUGGUGCGCUUGCUGCUCAGGGCCGGAGCUGACAAGAAUGCCGCAACCACUGAUAGGGAAAAAGCCUUGAUGGGUGCAGCUGAGCAUGGCCAUUUGGACGUGGUGCGCUUGUUGCUCGAGGCCGGCGCUGAUGGGGCAACCGCCUUGAUCAAUGCAGCUUUCAAUGGUCAGUUGGAAGCGGUGCGCUUGUUGCUAGAGGCUGGAGCUGCCAAGAAUGCCGCAAACACCAAUGGGGAAACAGCCUUGAUGGCUGCAGCUGAGCACGACCACUUGGAAGUGGUGCGCUUGUUGCUCAAGGCCGGAGCUGACAAGAAUGCCGCAACCACUGAUGGGGAAACAGCCUUGAUGCGCGCAGCUCACAAUGGCCACUUGGAAGUGGUGCGCUUGUUGCUAGAGGCUGGAGCUGGCAAGAAUGCCGCAAACACCAAUGGGGAAACAGCCUUGAUAGGCGCAGCUAAACAUGGCCACUUGAUAGUGGCGCGCUUGUUGCUCCAGGCCGGAGCUGACAAGAAUGCCGCAGCCACUGAUGGGGAAACAGCUCUUAUCUUGGCAGCCGCGGAAGAUGUAACAGUGUUCACUCUUGCAGAUCUGAAUGGCCCCUUGGAGACUGCACAAUUUCGGCAGUCCUAGUGCGCAACCACCAGGCCCAAAGUGGCCGCCUUCAGUCAGCGAGGGUGUUGGAGAAAAC